AUGGCUGGUGGUGUGGGUUCUGCGUUUAUGGGAAUCGCGCCCUUCACCAGCCCUAAUCUAUACAUGAUAGGUCUGUUGUUGGCGAUAGUCCAAGUGCACUUUGGCUAUGCCUUCAUGCAGAAAAUAUAUUGGACACAGAGGAGGCGAUAUGUUCUGGAAAUCGAGAGAGAGGAGGAUGAUAGUGGCGUCGUCAAAGUUGCGGUGAAGUGCGACGCCAAGCUUACUCGCCGAUUCAGACUCACGCAAGAGGCAGCAUCUGGGCAGAAACCCUCACUGGCAGACAUCAUCGCCAAGGGCGGCAUUUUUAUGUUCGUGGAUAAAGCCAGCAGCAGUAUUGACCAGUCAGAGAUGCUGGACGAACUGCUGAAGUCUGACCGCGGCAUCACGGAGGAACAGGUAAAAGCAGAAUCUGUCAUGGGCGAAACUGAAGAGCAGUCACUCAGGAUUGUGCAGAAGUUUGCAGAUUUGACUCGUGAGCACCUUGACAAAAUCCCCGAGAAGGACAACACGACUUCUCCACAAGAGGGCCUGCAGCAGCUGGAGAGCUCGGCGCAGAGGGUCGGGGCUGGCUUCAUGGUGGGCGGAUUGCUGAUCUGGGUCCUGUGCGACUGGAGCGCGCAGGCUGCGAUCAAAGCAGCUUCCGACAACUACAAGCCUCAAGCGACACUUGCGCCGGGGGGAGCGAGCCCUCCGACGCGCCCAAAUUCAAGGGCAGCACAGUGA